AGUUCCCAUGAUGCUUUGCGAUCGAGUCGGACAUCAUGGCUGCCUCCUGUAUCGCAGCGAGCGAGCUGCUUCAUAACAUUAAAUUAAUACCUUAUCAUAAAGCUUCCUGCGUGCUGAUUAGACGAAUCAGCACAUCGAAGCUAAAAUGCAGCAGCCAACCUGUGGCCGAAGCAACGAGUGCUCCGCAGCAGCUGGUUGGAGUUGUCGGCCUGGAAAUUCACGCCCAGAUUAGCUCGAACACCAAGUUGUUCUCCGGCUCCUCGGUUCAGUUCCUAGCUCCUCCAAACUCCCUGGUUUCAUUCUUUGAUGCGUCGUUGCCCGGCACGCUACCUGUCCUCAACAGGCGGUGCGUUGAAGCAGCAGUGAUGACCGGACUGGCUCUGAACUGUACCAUAAACAAGAAGUCACUCUUUGACAGGAAACACUACUUUUAUGCUGACCUUCCUGCCGGAUACCAGAUCACUCAACAACGUCGGCCCGUAGCGGUGGACGGAGUGCUUACCUACAGCUUCCUGGGAGGGAAGAAGAGGAACCAGGUGAUCAGGAAAAACGUGCACAUUAAACAGAUUCAGCUGGAACAAGACAGCGGGAAGAGUCUGCACGACGACGCCAACAACCAGACGCUCAUCGACCUCAACAGAGCAGGUGUAGGCCUAAUGGAGCUGGUGAUGGAGCCGGACAUGAGCGGCGGCGAGGAGGCCGCUGCAGCUGUCAGAGAGCUUCAGCUCAUCCUGCAGGCCCUGGGUACCUGUCAAGGCAACAUGUCAGAGGGCCAGCUGAGAGUCGACGCCAACGUGUCGGUGCACAGGGCGGGCGAGCCGCUGGGAGUCAGGACGGAGGUGAAGAACAUCAACAGCAUCAGGUUUCUGGCCAAGGCUAUAGACUUUGAGAUCCAGAGACAGACCGACGUUGUGCAGAGGGGAGGGACGGUGAAAAACGAGACCCGGGCGUACGACUCCAAAUCGGGGGAAACCGUUCCUAUGAGGGACAAAGAAGGUCUUCAGGACUACAGGUUCAUGCCGGAGCCCAACCUGCCGCCUCUGAUUGUGUUUGAGGAUAACGCAUCGCUGCCCGCGGGUAUCGACGCGUGCCAGGCGGUGGUGGUGCAGACGAUAAAGGAGGGCCUGCCAGAGUUACCCGGCAUCAAAAGAGACCGGCUGGUGCAGGCGUACGGCAUCCUGCCAGAGCACAGCUUCACUCUGGUGAACGAGGACGGGUUGAUGGAGUACUUUGAGGCCGUGAUGAGGGCGACCAAGAUGGAGCCGAGGAAGGUGAUUGGCUGGGUGACAAAUGAGCUGGUGGGACUCCUCAAGCAGCAAAACACGAGCGUGAGCCACAGCCCAGUCACUCCUGCUGCCUUGGCUGAGCUGCUGGAGCUGCAGGAAGCGGGACACAUCUCCUCUUCUGUUGCCAAGCAGGUGUUCCAGGAAAUGUGGAGGUCCCCGGGUAAGACGGGCGCGGAGAUCAUCCGGGAGCAGGACCUGGGGCUCGUUAGCGACGCCGCCAAGCUGCACAGGGUCUGCCAGAAGGUCGUGGACUCGCAUCCAGAUGAGGUUUGUGCCAUCAGGAGCGGGAACAAGAAGGUUCUGAACAGGCUGAUGGGUCUGGUUCAGAAAGAGCUCAAAGGCCGAGCGGAUCCGGUUCUGGUGAGGGAGAUCCUCCAGGAGAAGACUUCGUGAAACCAUCGUCACUUAUCCAGAUCUGCACCGCUCACAGUCACAGCCACAGGUUUGCCGCUUGAUGAAACUCUUGUCCUGGAGCGGCCGCUUUGUAAAUACUGAAGUUUCAAUAUAAAAAACUAAAAAUGAUUUUACUUAUUAAGAGGAUGUAUAUGAUUGAAUUAAACAGCAAAGUUUGAUAUAA